AUUUCUAAUAGUAAUUGGAGCAUGUACGAGUAUAUGUAUAUAGUUCAUUAAUUCCAGGGAUCCAGAGCGAUCCAGAGUUAGUCAAAAAUAACUGUAGGUUGUGGAAUAAGUCAUAAAAACACAAGAAACAUGUAUGCAGAGUACAACUGAAGCUUUCAUAUAAGAAUAUACAGAGGUUACAUAUAAGGAAUUAAAAAAUACGUCCACACAUAUACGUAAAUGCUAUUGACGUCUGCUAUUUACACGAACCUUUAACAGGAAGGGUCAUUUUUAGACAGCAGGAAUUCAUCAGCAGAGUAGAAUGAGUGUUUAUUUAAGAAUCAUUUUAAUGCUACUUUAAAUUGAGUAUUUUCAUUCAUAAGACUUUUGGGUCUAGAUGGUGGAGUGCCGAAAAUUCUGGUGCAUGUGGGCUUUUCUGAUAACAUGAGAGCAGGGUUUUGAAUGAAUUAAGGGAGAAGACAUGGAAGCAGUGAUGGGAAAGGAUAAUCGAACAGGUUCCAUGGAUGUGGAAGCAGACAGAACAGAAAACUGCCAUCCAGUGAAACUGAAGCAGUUUCUACACAAAUUGCAACCAAGGUUCUGCACAUUUUUGUCUUUUCUUUUGCAUAAAGUUUCUGAUCUUCAUGGACAUCAUAUGGAUCAUGUUUUAGUUUUGCAUGACCUGGUUACUACUGACAACAGAUUCAUUCCAGAAGAGACUUCCUUAUUAGUUCACUCUCAGAGACAUCAAGGAAGUCAGCUGACCCAUUUCUUGGAUGACAGAGGUGAUGGGAAUGGUUUAUGUACAGAAGAAACUAACAGUGAUUCUAAAGAUAGCAGAAAUGAGAGAAAUAAGCCAUUCUCUUGCACAGAUUGUGACAAAAGCUUUACAUAUCUAUCUCAGUACAAGAUGCAUUCUGUAAUCCAUACAGGUGAAAGACCUUUUAUGUGCACAGUAUGCAGCAAAUCUUUUACACAGUAUGGAAACCUAAAGACUCAUUAUGGUGUUCAUACUGGGGAACGACCACAUGCAUGCCCUGUGUGUGAUCGUAAAUUCCGGAAAUUAGGGAACCUUAAGAAGCAUCAUCAGAUACACACAGGUGAUAAGUCAUAUACUUGCACAGAAUGUGAUGAAAAGUUCACACUACCUAGUCGUUUGAAGAAACAUCUUCAUGCCCAUACUUGUGAAUCUAUUGAGGAAAUUGAGAGUCAGCAUGAAUGCACCAUCUGUAAUAAGAAAUUCACACAACCAAAUGAUUUACGAAGACAUAUUCUUAUUCAUACUGGUGAACGGCCAUUUGUAUGUCGUGAGUGUGGUAAGGGGUUUAUACGAUCCUCAGCGUUGAGGGAACAUUCUCGGGUUCAUACCGGUGAAAAACCAUAUGCAUGUGGAGUGUGUAAUAGACAGUUCUCAAAUCUCAAUAAUUUGAAUCUGCAUUUACGUUCACAUUGUAACGUGUGUGGAGUAUGUGGGAAACGGUUUGUAAGCUCAGAAAAACUUGAGAGACAUAAACAUGUACAUGUGGGUGGUAAACUUAAUCAACGGAGAGGAGGUAAAAAGUGUGCAAAGCAUAAUGGUGUUCAAGAUCAGUCCAUUACUCAAGUUGGUGAUAAACCGUAUGUGUGUACAGUGUGUAACAAAAGGUUUACAACUGCGUCAAAUCUCAAUCAUCACUCCCAUUUUCAUUUACAAGAAAUACCCAGUGAAUUCAGCCAGCAGUUGAAGAAUUUGAUUGAUGUUGAGAGGGGUUCAAGUAUCUAUGCAAAGAGAACCCCAGGUGUUAGCAAGAAUAUUGUAUUUUGUAUGAGAAAAUGAACUAUAUAAAGCUAAGAGUUACACAGAGAAGUGUUGCUUGUGUGGAAGCAAGUUACAGAAACGUGUUUUGACUCAGUUCCAUCAACUCUAUGUAUAAAUUGAAUAAAUUUCACCUGGAGAUAUUGUUAAUAUCCUUUCAAGGGCUGUUCUGCGGUAGACCAUUCUGUUCCUGAGGACUAGGCUAGUCGUUUCAGUUCAUGCGUCCAAAAUAAGGGAACAUCAAUUUCAGUGUCAUGGAAUCUUGA